AUGCUGCGCUACGCGAUCUGUAAUAGAAAGUAUUUACAAAUACCGAUAUUAUCAAAUUCUUUAUCAACAAAUCAGUUCAAUGAAUCAAAAGUUUAUAAUUUCACUUCAAGAUUACAAUCUCUGGCAGAUAAAAGUAAAAAUAUUUUAAUGAAUCGUGAUCCUUAUUGUCCACCAGAAGAUGUUGAAUUACGUAUUGAAGCUUUAAGUAAAAAGUUAUUCAAUUUGAGUUCAUCAAACAAUAAUCAAUGGAAAGCUUAUCGUUUUCAGAAUAAUGAUGAAAAAUAUAAAAUAUUUACCGCAUGUAUUACAGAGUUUAACCAUCAUAUUGCCAAUAGUUACCUUCAUGAAAUUAAUUCUAUUGAAGAUUUAAUCAGCUAUUUUAUGACACCAGUAGAAACACCAGAUUUUUUAUAUAAAUUAACAUCAGAUGCCAGAAAUAAUGUUUGUCAAUUACCACCGAAUUUAAAUAUACAAUUAGAACCAGUACGUUAUAAUCCAAAUGAAGAUCAUUUUUUCAAAGUUAAUGCUUAUCCUGGUCGAUCAACAAUUGUUAGUAAUUUGGCUGCUACUAGAAACUAUCCAAGUUAUCGUGUUAGUCGUUUAAAACGUAUUCGAGUUGAAUAUGAAGAUAUGUAGUCAAGAUUAUCCUUCAAUGAUGUUGUAUAGGCAUUAGUAUAUUUAUGUACCAAUGCAAAUCUGUAUAUUCAUGUAUUGUUUUCAAUGAAAAUAUACUUUAAUAAUCUAUAUGAUAAAGAUUUUCUUCUGUUUUUUUCUUUUUACUUUUGUGUUGUUUAAACCUGUAUAUCCUGGGACCACCAAUUAAGUAAUGCAGUUGUUAGGAAACGGGUACUAGGUAAGGAUGGCAUAUCAAUUGAUGGAGUAGUGAAACUUCAUCAGUUGAGAUGGCUGGGUCACGUGUUACGUAUGCCCAACCCAACCACCGACUGCUCCGACGUGCGAUGUUCAAUGGUAUAGGAGUAGAUUGGAAGAAAGCUAGGGGCGGUCAGACCAAAACAUGGCACAAGUCCAUGAAGUCACUGACAAGUGGUCUGAGUCAUGUUGGUAGGUGUAGACUACCUGGUUGGGGACCGCGAGAUGAUAGC